AUGGUGACUCCGGAAGGACAGGCCCAGGAGGACACCACACUCAGCAAGCUGAGGCAUACAUUGUCCACCAGCCUCAUGACCGCACAGGACAAGGGUGCGUACUCUUCUUACAUUCAAACUGAAGGAGACAUCCCAAGACCACAAUCAGCCGGAUCCCAGUCCCCGCCGGGUCUAACAAGACUAAGCCAGCCACCUUAUCCUCGACACUAUUCCCCCUAUAAUACACCAAACCAGCUGCGUGGUUUGGAUGGAGUGGUUUCCAUCUCGCAGAUAUCCCCAAACAUCUUCGGAGUUAUAGGUUCUUCAGCUAUCUCAGCUACUCCUGCGUAG